GUUCCAUUUCGUCUGACCCAAGUUUCCAGCCUGUCCAACAGUAUAAAAUAAUUUACUAUAUCAAAUGCUGCACUGAGAUCCAAACUGACACUCUUUUUGCAUCAGUGUUCAAUCUUUUAUUAUUUAGUAUUUUAAUUAGAGCUGUUUGUGUGAUGAGGUCGGAACCCAGAUUGAUAUUUAUCAAAAAGGUCAUUUGAUUUCAAGAAAUUGUUGGGUUGAUUAAUGAAAUUCCACAAUGCAUAUUAUUACAUAAGCAUCUUGUAUUAUUUUUCCAAAUGAUCCCCCCCAAAGUCUGGUCUUGUCUGUUCUGCAGGCUCAUGGCACUCCUGGAGGACCACAUGACGUGUUCAAAAGUGCCACCCAUCUGUUACUUGAAAGGGCUUUGUCUUCAAAGCACAAUAGAGAGGAGGGGUUCAAACCAAAUGGCGUGCAAAAGAUUUGGAAACUAAUCAUGUCCUAUGGUGCACGGAUUGGACAGACGUUUUUUUUUUUCUCUCUGGCGAUUUCCACCAUGGACCACGGCAGACCCUGGAAUGAAAUGGGAUUUUCACGUCUGAUCUGAUCACGUCCUUAAGCAGGGUUUAACAGACAAGACCUUGCCAUGACGGUGAAGCUGUGAGGUCACAAAGCGUAAACCGACCCCUUUAUAAUUUUGCGCCUGGCGAAUCAAAGUCACCGUCAACCAUGAGGAGGUGCUGUCACGUCCUGCCUCUCGCUGUGCUUGCCGCUCUGCUGCUCUCUCAGGUCUGCUCCGGCAUCAAAUGGCUAGCAAUAUCGCACACACCCAAGACCUUACACAUCAACCAGACCCAACACUGUAAACUGUUGCCUGGCCUGGUGUCGUCCCAAGCUCAGCUGUGCCGCAGCAACAUGGAACUCAUGCAAACCAUCAUCCAAGCAGCCCGCGAAGUCAAGAAAACGUGCCAAAAGACCUUUGCUGACAUGCGCUGGAACUGCUCCUCCAUAGAAAUUCCCGGCGAUUCUUCCAAGUAUCCUCCAGACCUUGACCGAGGAACCAGAGAGUCUGCGUUUGUCUACGCCCUUUCUGCCGCCACUAUUAGCCACACCAUCGCAAGGGCAUGCACCACUGGAGAUUUGCGUCUGUGCUCGUGUGGGCCCAUUCCGGCUGAGAUCCCGGAGCCAGGCUAUCGCUGGGGGGGUUGCGCGGACAACCUGCACUACGGGUUGAUCAUGGGUUCCAAGUUUGCAGAUGCUCCCAUGAAAAUGAAACGUGCAGGCUCCCAUGCCAACAAACUGAUGCACCUGCACAACAGUGAAGUCGGUAGACAGGUAUUGAGGGAAGCAGUGGUGAUGAAGUGUAAGUGUCACGGCGUAUCCGGCUCCUGCUCUAUAAGGACCUGCUGGCGAGGCCUUCAGGACCUGAGAGAGAUCGCCAUGGAGCUGAAGACUAAGUACUUGUCGGCUACGAAGGUGGUUCACAGACCGAUGGGGACACGCAAGCAACUGGUGCCCAAAGACAUUGACAUCAGGCCUGUAAGGGAGAACGAGCUGGUCUACCUGCAGAGUUCCCCGGACUUCUGUACCAAGAAUGACAAACAAGGUUCGGUCGGCACACAGGACAGGCAGUGUAACAAAACCUCAGCUGGCAGCGACAGCUGUGACUUGAUGUGCUGCGGCCGCGGCUACAACCCGUACACGGAGAAGCUGGUGGAACGCUGCCAUUGCAAGUAUCACUGGUGCUGCUACGUCACCUGCAAGAAGUGCGAGCGGAUUGUGGAGAGAUACGUCUGCAAAUGAGACCCAUCGGCCGGACCGAGCCGCCAGAGUGAACCAAAGCACUACAAUACCCAGAAGGCAAAUUUUUGUCUUCAGCUUUCGCAUGUGUAUUUCACCACCAAGUGUCAUUAUCACUUUAGUAUCGAUUUUUUCAAACUGUCGGUUGAGUUUCUACUGGACAUGGAAAGCGACGACAGUUUAUGUGAAGACCGCCGUCCUCCUGGGUAGUUUUUUUUUUCUUUUUUUAAAUUGUUAAUGACCAUGAAUUCCCCCAAUGCGGAUAAGGAAAGUCUAUUUUAUUAUAGCUCUCAUAAAAAGUAAUAACGUUGGAUUUUAAAGCUGGAGGGAGACGUAUGAGAUCAGAUCUGUGGACUUGUGGGUUUUUUUUUUUUUUUUCCGGUACAGUUGAUACUUUUUCCUUCUGCAUCAAUGGACAUGAGAGGAAAAGCCAAAAAAAAAAAAAAAAAAAAAGGGAACAUAAAGUACUGU